UUAAUUAUUGUUUGGGAAUGAUCUAUUUUCAUCUCGCAUCCGUCCAUUCCAGACGUACAGGAUGAUUAGAUAAUUGUGUGUUUGGAAAGGUUAUCUAUUCAAGGUAGGGGCCACUGGAUGGAUGGACCUGAUUGAUUCAAUACACUGCCACUUGUACUAUGGGGAAUCGAUCUGCAAUAUUCCAAUUCUACCAGCUCCCUAUAGGAAAGUGGAGAAUAUCCGGCGCUUUUUUACCGGCGGCCAUCACCAACUGCCAGAUGCUCGGCCGACUUAAAAUGAAAAGCCCUCUCUCUGUUUCUCUUUACCUCUCACUAUCUCUCCCUCUCCCUCUCCCUCUCCGCCGUCUCGUCUCUCCCUCUCCCGUCCUCGAUCUCUCUCCCUCAUACUCUCUCGAUCUCUCUCCCUUCCUCUCCCUCCCCCUCUCGAUGUCCCUCUCAUCCCUCUGUCUCGAUCUCUCUUUCCCUCGUUUUCUUCAACGUGUUGUUCCUUCUUCGAUCUCUCUCCAACAAUUGAAGAAAGUAGAAGAAAGAAGAGAAAAUCGAAGAUCAAUCACUUUCAGGAUACUGUGCAACAGGAACUACAGCCAUGCAAACAAAACAAAUAUGUUAAAGGUACAAUACAAAACAGACUGUGAGAAGUUUUAUGGGAGAAUCCUUGACAACCGCAAUGUUGUAUCGGUUGUUGAAGGGACUUCCAAGCAGAAAACGGCAAAAAUUUGGAGUAGUCGAUAUCCAGAAGAGCCAUAUGAGCUUGCCUUCAACAUUACUUUCUCAGAAGGAGGUGCUGAAAAGUUUUCUAAAAGUGUAGAUGACCUAGUUUCAGCUGUUAGAAGGCAGAGCGUCUUCUUUUAUCAGUUGUGA